UCUGUGCCACAGCCACCAUCUUGCAGUCACGGAAGACCUCCUCCAGGUCUUGCUUCAGCAACUUUAUCAAGUGACUCUCCUGGACACAAAGAACUUUUAGUGAUACAUCCUCUUGAGCUGCGUAACGGUGACAUUAUGUUUACUCAAAAAGGAUUGUUACCUGCUCCUGGACCACGACUGUUUCAGUCGACGCGUGACAGCUCCAGCAUGGAUCUCAGUGACAUGAGGAAGAAAUACAAAGGAGACGAGGAGUGUUUUGAGGAGAACCAGCUAUCUUCUCUGGACCCAAUUAAGCAGUUUGGAAGCUGGUUCGGUGAAGCCACCCAGUGUCCUGAGAUUGGAGAGGCCAACGCCAUGUGCAUCGCCACGGCAACCAAAGACGGACGCCCGUCGGCCCGCAUGGUUCUGCUUAAAGGUUACAGCGACAAUGGAUUCCGAUUCUUCACCAACUACGAGAGCCGCAAGGGAAGGGAGCUGGAGGGCAACCCUUACGCCUGUCUCGUCUUCUACUGGGAGCCUUUGAACAGACAGAUCCGCAUUGAGGGCGAGGUGGAGCGAAUCCCCUAUCAGAGCUCUUGUGAUUAUUUCCACUCACGGCCAAAAAGCAGCCAGAUCGGGGCGGUGGUGAGCCGGCAGAGCACGCCGGUUCCCAACAGAGACUUCCUGAGGGAGAAAAACGCAGAGCUAGAGGAAAAGUAUAAGGACACACAAGUGCCGAUGCCAGACUACUGGGGGGGCUAUGUGGUGAAACCCCAGCUGAUAGAGUUCUGGCAGGGUCAAACCAACAGGCUCCACGACCGCAUCGUCUUCACAAAAGUGGCUGCAGACGCUGAGCUAGGCGAGCAUCAGCGGCGUGGAGAAGGUUGCUGGGCUUAUCAGCGACUCUCGCCGUGAUCACCCGUCAUCGGCGGCAUCGAACCGCAGAAGCUCCAUCCUGACUUUACUUGAGUGCUUUUUAUUCUCCAUAAUGAGCAACAUUAAAACACAGUAGUCUAGUAGGCCCAAGUGUUCAUCAGAAAGGUACUACUUGUAAUGCAAAUAGAAAAUAGUGAAAAUGAAUCAAUAAUUGACGCCUUUAGCAGCCCAGGCUAAACUUAGCUCCUUCCCAAAAUACAAGCAUGUCUCUCGGUUAGGAGGUGCCUCUCCAACAUACUUCCUUGACACCAAUGACAACUGUCCUACUUAAACAAGGUGAUGGUGCUAUCUUGUGGCCUCCAAAUAAAAAGUACAAGCAACUCCACUAGGUGAAUUUGUCAAUUGCAAAGUAUUCAGCUGUCCUCUGGGCUUUGUCAAAGCGCCGCUGAUUGUGUCCACUGUGAGUAAUUAGACAUGUUUCACGUUCAUGAAUAAAUGAACGGUUUGCUAAGA